UAGCGUCUAGUACUCAUAGCCUAUAUAGGCGCAGUGGUGUUUGGGUGUCACCGUGUGCAUUUAAAUCUACGAAAGCUGUCAAGAGCAUUCGAACACGGCGGGACGACUGACAAUUGCUCUGACGUUGAUUAAUUUUAGUACCGCAACUAUGGAGAUUCUGAAGAAAGCGACGGUCGUAAAACGUGAUCGUUCUUCAAAGGGUCUUGCGGACGUUCUAAAUGAGUGCGACGUUGUCGCAAUAUAUUUCUCCGCUCAUUGGUGCCCUCCCUGCAGGAUGUUUACUCCUGUCCUUGCUGACGUAUAUAAGCAACUAAAGAAUCAAGGAAAGAAGCUCGAGGUGGUCUUCGUAUCGAGCGAUAAGACUGAAGACGCAAUGUUUGCGUAUAUGGAGGAGACGCACGGCGACUGGUACGCCAUCAAAUACAAUGACGCGGCACGCAGCGAAUUGGGCAGUCAUUUCGGCGUUCGCAGUAUACCAACUCUAAUUAUUCUAAAAAAGGACGGUACGGUGAUUUCAAAGGAUGGUCGGUCCGAAGUGCAGAGCAAAGGAACCGGUGCCUGGGAGCUGUGGACCGCUUCUGCCAAUUAAAUAUCUUCUUAUGUAUUCACCUUCAUUGGUGAUAAAAGCUUCAUACCAACUUAAUAAAUACAGAUCAACAAACGAUACACUAUUAUAAUAUUAGAGAGGAUAUAUAAAACACUAAACAGUUUGUGAUGUGGGUUA